AUGGCGGAACUAUUUCGGGAUACGGUCGUUGGGCAACUUUUGCGGCUCGUUACCGGAAGGAGGAUUCUCAAGUACCCAGAAGAACGCGACCCUUCAAUAUGGCAACGAUAUCUGAAUGUCGAAAAGUCUUCCAACAUGGCCCUUCAUGGCAGCACCUCGAGACCUGAUCAGCCUAAAAAGGAGCUUCUUAUACCCGGAUCGAAGGAGCAAAGGAGUACCCAGCCUGCAUUAAACAAGCAGCAACCUCCGUCGCGUCGUUCAUCAAUUUCCGCGUCAACCACAAAUGACCACGAGAAUGGCCUCGUCAACACGCUGAGCAACACCAGAGUCGACCCUGAGAAAGGACGAGAUGCUGAUAUUGUGGACUGGUACGGACCGGACGACCCGGAGAACCCGCUGAACUGGGGCACAGUUAAGAAGGUCUGGGUCACCUUUGAGAUCUGUCUCCUGACCUUCUCGGUCUAUAUUGGUUCAGCAAUUUAUUCAGCCGGUAUUCUGGAUGUCAGCGAAGUCUUCGGGGUCAGUCGUGUCGCAUCCACGCUUGGUCUCACACUGUUCGUCCUCGGAUAUGGCAUUGGCCCCAUGUUCCUGUCACCGCUGUCCGAGCUGCCCCAGACCGGAAGAGCACCAAUCUACAUCGCAACUCUCGCACUCUUUGUCGUCCUACAGGUUCCGACGGCCUUGGCCACCAACUUUGGCAUGCUGCUUGCAUUUCGGUUUAUUACAGGCUUCGUUGGAUCGCCGCCCCUCGCGACUGGAGGUGCCACCAUUGGCGACAUUUACAGCCCAAAGAAGCGAACAUACGGUAUGGCCGUCUGGGGCGUUGGUGCUGUCUGUGGACCAGUGAUGGGUCCACUGGUUGGUGGCUUCGCGGCUGAGUCAAAAGGAUGGACGUGGACCAUCUGGGAGUUGAUGUGGCUGUCUGGGUUUACGCUUGUGCUCCUGCUGUUCCUCAUGCCAGAAACAUCUUCAGCCAACAUCCUGUAUCGACGCACGAUGCGCCUACGAAGACUCACGGGUAACAACAAACUCAUCUGCGAGCCUCAACUUAUGGGUGAACAGAUGACGGGCAAAGAUAUUGUCAUGAUGACACUGGUCCGACCGUUUAGUCUCUCAUUCACCGAGCCCAUGGUCUUCCUAUUGAAUAUCUAUAUUGCGCUGAUAUACGGCCUCCUUUACAUCUGGUUCGAGAGCUUCCCCAUCGUCUUCAGCGAGAUCUACGAGUUCAGUCUGGGACUCGAGGGUACAGCAUUCUUGGGCAUUCUCGUCGGCGUCUUCGUCGUUCUGCCGCCCUUUGUCUGGUACCAGCGGAAAUACAUCGAGCCGAGAUUCAACGACAAGGGUGAAUUGCAACCGGAGUGGCGACUCCCACCGUCCUUUGUUGGCGCAUUCUGCAUCCCAAUCUGUCUGUUCUGGUUCGGAUGGUCAUCACGCCCGGACGUCCACUGGAUCAUGCCCAUCAUCGGAACAGCAUGGUUCUCUAUCGGUGCCUUCUUGCUGUUCAACUCGGUGCUCAACUACCUCUCUGACGCGUAUCCUCAAUACGCAGCGAGUGUGUUGGCGGGCAACGACUUCUUCCGCUCCAGCUUUGGCGCCGGGUUUCCCCUGUUCGCCACGGCAAUGUACAACAAACUUGGCGUCGGAUGGGCCAGCUCUACCCUAGGAUUCCUCGCAAUAGCGUUCAUUCCUAUUCCUUUUUUCUUGUUCAAGUAUGGUGAACGGCUACGGAUGCGGAGCAAGUAUGCUCAGAAGGAUUAUUAG